UUUUGUAUUCUAUUUAUGAUUCUCUUAAGUGCAUUGCCUAAAAUAAAAUAAAUCGAAUCCAUAUUAGACUCGAGAUAUCCUCUUCACCGCUCGCUAUAUAUAUGGAAGUGUUAAUUGGAACACUAGAUCAUCAAAGGAAUUAAGUGCAUAAUCAGAGAAGUGGAAAGGAUUAAAAAAUGAGUUUUAUAACAGGAUCUACAGCAGAUACUUGGCAUCCAUCAAUGACUGCUGAUACAACAAUGGCUAGAUACUGGCUCAACUGGAGAUUUUUUCUUUGUGCUAUUUGGGUCAUGAUCUCAAUGAUUAUUGCAUCAUUUCUUAUAUCGAAAAACGAAAGCUUUCGUAAAGCGGAACGAGAUAAUGGAGAGAAUAAGCUAGAAGCUGUAGCGGAUUUGUAUGAUGAUGAGACUUGGAGACCAUGUCUGAAAGGAAUUCAUCCUGCCUGGUUGCUGGUUUUCAGAGUUUUUGCUUUCUCAGUGCUUAUGGUGCUGUUGAUUAUCUCUGUUCUUGUGGAUGGAGGCAGCAUUUUUUACUAUUACACUCAGUGGACUUUCACUCUAGUCAUAAUUUACUUUGCGCUUGGAUCAUUGUUCUCGAUACGCGGAUGUUACAUUUAUCAUAAAAGGAUCGGUGGAGAUAGAGUUGAUAAUGUAGAUGCAGAUUCAGAGCAAGGAAAUUGUGUUAUUCCUGUCCCCGGAGAAAGUCCUGAAGCCUUUUCGAUGAGAAAGAGAAAUGCAAUCUCCACUGAACAACUUGACAUGCGGAAACCAGCGGGGAAAUUGGUUUUUCUCUUUCAGAUAAUCUUUCAGAUGAAUGCAGGGGCUGUUAUGCUGACAGAUUGUGUAUUUUGGUUUGUGAUUGUUCCAUUUCUUGCACUCAAAGAUUACCACCUAACUGCUUUGGUAAUAAGUAUGCAUUCGAUUAAUGCUGUUUUCUUAUUCGGCGAUACUGCCUUGAACAGCAUGUCCUUUCCCUGGUUUAGGAUUGCAUAUUUCUUCGUAUGGACAAUAGUAUAUGUCCUGUUCCAGUGGAUUCUCCAUGUCUGUGUCAAAAUCUGGUGGCCUUAUCCAUUCCUUGACUUAUCAUCUCCAUAUGCCCCUUUAUGGUACUUCAUUGUAGCAGGGAUGCAUAUAGCAUGUUAUGGUAUUUUCAGUUUCUCUAUAAAGCUGAAACACACUCUAUUCACAAGAUGGUUCCCUGACUCGUACCAGUGCCGAAGGUAGCUGGAGAUUUAGAACUUAGAUAGCAAACUAUUUUUCGACUUCUCGAAGAAAACUCGAAUUUUCAGCAUAUGAAGUUGCAGAAAUAGAAUACAGCAGAACAAAGGGCAAAAGCUUACAAGAGAUAAACAUCAUUCUUUUCUUAGCUAAACUGAUGAAAACAAAAAAAUUCAUUCAGUUUGCAGGUUUUUGGAAGAUACACAAAUGGUCAAACAGGAAGCAGCAAUCUUAGGUUGUAAUGUAUACUAAAAAUGUCAUGGAAGCAGCAUUGUAACAAAAUAAACUGGAAAGAAUUUAUAGAAAAGUUUAAUUGCUUCCAA